AUGGGGAAUUGCCUAAGGCAUGACUCUGGGGCUCAAUGGGGAGGGGAAGAUUGGACGCCUGCGAUGAUGAACGACAUUGAAAAAUCAGGCGAAACAAUGGAAGAUAACAAGAUGGAUUGUUCAACGAUAAAAGAGGUAAAGGUAAAGAUAACAAAGAAGCAAUUGGAAGAAUUGCUAGGGAAGAUGAGCAUGGAUUUGGAUGUACAAAAUCAUGGAGGGAUAUCUGCUGGACAAAUAUUGGGACAAUUGGUGAGAGUUAGUGUUCAUUGUGAGACCACCCACCUUAAGUCUUGGAAGCCUAGGUUGCAGAGUAUUCCCGAAGUUUAA